AUGAACGGAUGGUUAGCAGAGACAGCAAGGGAUGCAAGGGCAGAAUCGCGCUCGACACCAGCAUCGCCUUGGCCAUCGCAUCAACCCCUACCGAAACGCACAAAAGUCAGCUGUUUCCCUUGUCGGACUCGCAAAUCCAAGUGCGACCAUGCCAGGCCUUGUUCCUCGUGCGUAUUGCGAGGAACAGCGAGUCAGUGCGCUGAUCCCAACGCAGCCGCUCCGACAGCAAAAUCAUCAUCAGAAGCAGCAGCAGCAGUAGUAGUAGUAGCCGCAGGAUCAGGAUCGGGAACAGUGACGCCGACAGCCAUGGCUCAGUCGAGAUCGUUGCCUGUUUCCAUCUCGAUGCCCUCCUUGGCUGAUACGGGUCUAGACUCGGAGAGCAGGCUCAACGGCGGCUCACAGUCCAAGAGGCGACGCACGGAAGCAGUGCCUUGUUCUUCUCGCUCCCACUCAACCUCGCUCACCGCUGCUGUAGGCAAUCCCGACCAUGAAAUCAGCCAAGAAAUGCACCGUAUCAGGCAAACCCUUUCCCGCUUAGAAGAGCUUCUUCACCGCCGUCUUCCGCCUCCUGCCUCAUCACCCUCAUCACCCUCAUCAUCCUCAUCACCCUCCUCAUCCACCUCAACAACGCACGAAUACAAUCUCGACCCAACCCAAGACCUCCCCGGCGAAAGCGACCCCCCUUGCCUCGAAUCCCGCACACGAUGGCACCAUCUCCGCACCCUCCUCCCCCCACUCAUCGACACCCACCUCAUGAUGCACUACCUCUUCGUCGAAGCAGAUUGGCUCAUGACCUGUGUCGAAGCCCCUCGAUUUGUCGCUCGAUGGAAACACGCCUACACAACUGAAUCUAUUGCCCAAGUUUUCGCGGUCCAAGUGCUAACUCUAGUGGCUUGCUCAGCUCUUUUUCUCUCGGAUAAUCACAAACGAACCAUACAGUUCGCAGUGCCCAUCCGAUCCCUCCAUACAAAGCUGAUCAAGGAGGCGAUUAGCAUGGUCGACUCAAUGCCAGCUUUACAUUCGGCUAGCAGUGAGGCCGAGAGAUGCGACAUGAUCCAACUUAUGCUCAACAUUUCUUUUUACUUCCGCUGUCUAGGCAAGAACGCGCUUAUGGCGAGAUAUACCGAGAGAGCAGUGAGUUGCAGUAUGAUAGCCGAAUUCGAUAAUGAGUUGCGGCCUUCUUGGCUAGGCUUAAGCGAACAACAGGUGGAAAGGAGGAGAUUGUUGAUGAUGGAAACGGCAAUGUCGGCCAAGUGGUUAGCUUUCCAUUGUAGGAAAGAGAAAGCGCAUCUCCCAGUCCUCUCCUUUAACCUGGGACAGGCGCAUAUGAGGCAUGUUGGUCAAUUACCACCGCUUUCCGCUUGGCCGCAGUCCGACCAGUUUGUUGCGCGCAUUGUUGCUGCCCAAUCUCAAAAACCCCUACAAGAUGGGCCGCAGGGAACGGCAAGAUUCUUCGCAUCGCGUACCAAAUCCGAUUUUGAACGUCACCUCGUCCGCACCUACCAUCGCAUCUCAUGUUCCAUCUCCAACGAGCUCCCCUCGAUCGUCCAACUAGCCUCGAAAACCGAAGCCAAACUGCUCAACCCCGAAUCGCUCGCAAAGGUCACCAAAGAAGAAAUGCGAGAAAUGGCCCGUUCAACACGCUCCAUCCUAGCCCGACUCGAACAAUGGCACACCACUCUCCUUCCGCGGGUCGGUGUUGGCUUCGAUCGAAUCCUCAAUGCGGAAGUCACCUCGGCAGAUCCUGUCAAGGGAAAGGAAAUGGCGACAGUGUUGAUGCUCAACCAUGCCAAUUUCUAUAUGACUUCCAUCUUGUGCAGAGCGUGGUUGUUGCUCUCGGACCGCCUACAAUCGUUGCAUGACGCAGCCAAGGAAGAAGCAAGUGAAUACGAUCACCCUUCAACAAUGGUAAACCAAAACUUCCUAGCGCAUCUCAAACAACGUUCGAUGGAUCACGUUCAACAGACCCACGUUGCUUGGCUUCCGUCUACCUUCUUGGCGGAAAUGGAAGCUGCAGCGUUGGAAAACGUUCAACGAUGCAUCCGCUCGAUUCCCCUGAUACGCACGCUACAGGCUCAGUCCAGCUCGCACUUUUAUGCAGGCUGGACUUGUCAAGCUUGCUUACAGGCGGCGGUGAAUCUUGCGAUUCCGCUGAUCCGAUCGCAUCGUCGCCAAUCGCAUGGGUUUCGGGAGACGCUGUUUGCUGGAGUUGGGACGGAUGUGUUGCGGAGGGAUAUGAUAACUAUAUUUGGAGCGGUUAGUCAGUUAUCGGAUCACAUAGCAGCAAGGCGGACGGCGAGGAUAAUGAAUAAGGCUAUGCCUAGUACUGGGAUUGAUCCCGCCCCUUCUGCUUCACAAACUAUUAAGGGGUUUACGCGGUGGGGAGGGGAAGAAGAAAUUGAGGAUGCAUGGGAGAUGGAGGAUGCAUGGGAGAUGGAGGAUGCAUGGGAGAUGGAGGAGUUGCAAACGCAACAGCAGCAGGAAGGGGCGGGGCAGAUGCAGAAUGCGGCGGAAGGAUUGGCAUUGUUAUCCGCUGCAAGUGCUUCUGUUUCUAGUGCAACGAGUCCGAACAGUAAUGCAAGUCAUACUUCGCCUGUGGGGAUGGCAUGGGAUGCAAACACUGCCAGGGCUUCAAAUCACAGCGCGAGCAACCUCAACUGGCACUCCCAUCUGGUGCCGUUCAAUCGAGAGCCUUACCCACCAACGUGCACUGCAGCAGGGGUGGCAGAUGAGCCGACGACGAGCGAGCCUAUGUGGUGGGAAGCACGUUUACCAUCCUCCUUCCAGGAGAUGCCAACUUCCGCAGCUGCUGCCGGCGUCCGAAGUGUUACGUCGGGUGCGGGAACGGGGCAGAUCCCAAUGUCAGAUUCACAACUACUGGACGAAUUGCUCAACUUCGAUCCUUCCUUUUGGCAGUUCGUUCUCGAUGGAAGCCCCAAUGGCGCCGCUGCUGCUAGUGCAUAG